AUGUCUUGUACUCAGUCUCCGGAAUCCCCGCUCCAGUAUUUCAAGAAGGAGCCAUUCUUCGACGUCCUGGCCACACUCGUUCCGCCGAUGCUUUUAGUGGAUUUUGGGAGCAAGGACUUGCAGCGUGAGCGUAUUUUUUUCAAAUGGAAGCCACAGCACGUGGAAGUGAUUCGCUCGUCGUUGACGGAUGACGCGAGAUCGAACCGAGAGUGCAGUGUGCGAGUGCACCUUCGCUUCUGUUUGCUCGACACGAACAGCGAACAGGAUGACAUGUACCCUUUUAAUCUGGCCGUGAAGGUCAACGGUGAAUCUUUGGCACUGCCAGCACCUAUUCCUUGCAAGGUAUCCGGCGGACUGACCGGAAAAGUGUACCUGCCCAUUGACAUCAUGUCCUCCUGUUCCCUGCGCCCUUGCACGAUGAACGAGGUGUGCGUAACGUGGGAGCCCGUAAGCAGCCGAGACUACGUCGUCGGUCUCUUCUUGGUAAAGAAGCUCACGGUGGCGACCGUCCUGAGCGGGCUUGAAAAGUUGAGCGCGGCUCUGACGAGAGUUAUGGUUAAAAUUAAAGUUAAGCGCCGAGAAACUAUGGGCGACGACGUGACGAUAAUCAGGUUCCACGUUUCGCUCACGUGCCCCCUGAGCCAGUCCCGGAUCAAGGUGCCGUGUCGCGCGCGGUCUUGCAAGCACCUAGACUGCUUCGACGGGUACAACUACCUGCAGACCAACGAACAGAGGCCCACGUGGACGUGUCCCGUGUGCGGUUUGCGGGCCCCGUUGUCGUGUUUGGUCGUUGACGAGCUGUUCGAGCACAUCUUGGCGAACGUGCCCGGUGACUGCGACGCCGUCGUAUUCCACGAGGACGGCUCCUGGACUCCGUCAUCGGCGUCGCAGAGGGACGAUGGCGCUACGGCUUCAUCGACGCCUGCUUCGUCUACGGCUCGUGGCUUUGCGCCACCUCCGGGAUCCUCGUCCGGCGAGCAAGUCGGGUGGUCCCGCAAGCAGCCCAGGAUGGAAGUCAUUGACUUGACCAAUUCCGGCAGCUGUGAAAACAGGGACUGUGGUUCGCGUUGCUAG